GAAGUGAAGAUUGAGUGAGACUGUAGCUGAAGACACCAGAGCUUUCCUGCACUCUGACACUUCUUGGCACCAAGACAUGAAGCUGCACCUGCUCUGCUUUCCUUUCUUCACAUGGCCUUUAAUUGUACAUGGAUCUAGAGGAGGUCGUUGGUGUUACUCUUCCCAGGACCCCAAGUGUGGGCCAGAUUACUGGAAGGACAUCAACCAUAACUGUGGGGGAGAGAGCCAGUCCCCAAUCAACAUUGAGAGGUCAAAAGUCAAAAGAGACAGCCAUUUAGGGGACAUCAAUUUCCAGGGUUAUGACCAUGCGCCACCUGGGCAGUGGAAGCUUAUGAAUGAUGGACAGUCAGUCAUCUUGAGCCUUAAUGGAGAGGUGAUACAGAGUCACCUAAAUAUCAGUGGUGCUGGGCUGCCAAAUACAUACCGUGCUCUCCAGUUCCACUUCCACUGGGGAAGCUCAACAAGGGAUGGAUCAGAGCACUUGAUGGAUGGCAAGCGAUAUCCCAUGGAGAUGCAUAUUGUUCACAUGAAUGCCAAGUACCAAAGUAUCAGUGAAGCCAAAAAAGACCCUCAAGGCCUGGCUGUGCUAGGCUUCUUUUUUACAGUAUCAGAAAUUGACAACCCCAGUUAUAACAUACUGGUGGCUGGUAUGAAAAAUGUGUCUUUGGAAGGGGAAUUUAUAGAACUAGACUCUACCUUUCCAUUGGAAAUGCUCCUUCCACCCCUUGACACGCUUUCUAGGUAUUACCGAUAUCAAGGAUCAUUAACAACUCCAGACUGCUCUGAGGUGGUUAUAUGGACUGUGUUUGAGAAUCCGAUAUUCAUCAGUCAGAGACAGCUGAAAAUAAUGACAGAAACUGUCCAUUUCUCGGCGCAUGGGGAGACAUUGGUCAAAAUGUCAGACAAUUUCCGCACCCCACAGCCACUAAAGGGAAGAAAGCUCUGGGCGUCCAAAGAUGCUACUGUGAGCCACUCUUGUAUUGUCCGGGCCCCAUUCCCCGGAAUGUGUCUGCUCAGCCUGGUCACCUACACAUUAUUGCGCUUCUAAAAAGCACACCUUCUUGAUUGGCUCCUGCACAGAAGGAACAUACAAUGCAGUGAACACCAAGCCAAGAAGGUCAAAACUUGUUCCAGAUCAUCUGCAGUUAAGACAUUGCCAUAUUGUUCACUGGAAUGCUGCACUGUCUUAUUUGAUUAUGUGAAAACAGGAAUUGUGUAAAGCUGCUUUUGAAUUUGUUUCCUAAUUACCAGGGGCAGAACAACACAGGACAAGGUCAAAGUGCACAAACACUUUGGCUUAAAGGAUGGGCAACCUGCAGAACUUCAACUGUUAGUAACGUCCCGGGAGAACAAUGUCACCUACAGGGCUACAGAGUUAUCAUAAUUGUCCUUGUCAAGGAAAUCAAAAGGAGAAAUAUUUCUUCUAUUUACAUGCAGUUGGGUCCUAAAAGCACCAGCACCAACUGCACUAAUGUGUAUUUCUGCUUUAUUUUCAUCUCCAGAAUUAGCAUUGUUGUUAAUUUAUCUAACCACAAUCAUAAUACACAGUUGAAAUGGUAGUUUGUAUUACCCCAGGGAUACUGAUUUUUAUAUGUUAACUGUAUCCGGGUAGGGAAGACCUUUCCUGCCCACACAGACACACAAGUUUUAAGCAGGGCAACCCCUUGCAAUUUUUAUUUGCAGUGGUACAAUGUUUCUGGAAGAUGCAUGACAAAGGGGUUCUCCCCAAAACACACCACUACAAAUAAAAAUUGCAGGGGCUUGCCCUUCUCAAAAUGUUAAAUUGUAUAUAUAGUAUAUUAUAGCAUUGGCCUUUCUAUAACAUACUAAAAGUUGACUAAGGUGAGCCAUCCUUUUAACUGUCUGCUGCAUUCAACUCUUUUUUAAAGCUCACAUCCUGCAAAGCAGAGGAAGUUAUUAACCCCAACACAUUACAGAGCAGAAAGCAAACUCUGCAUGGGGAAGUAUCAGUCUACACAAAAAAAUUAAAGCAGUAUAAAGUAAUGAAAAUAUAAUGUACUGUUGCCUUGCACAGUCUGGAAAAAUUGGAGUGUUUGCUUCAGAAAUAAUAUUUUCUGUGACAGACUCACUCAAUUUUAAAUCUGCCCCCUAAGUUCCACGUCCCACUUGCCACGUCCCAACCCCUCCAACUCAAACAAAUAAAAAGCACAUUUACUAUGGGUCGAAUAAGGAGGAUUAAUUAACCCUCGAUAUUCGACCAUCAAAGUUAAAUACUUCGACUUCGAAUAUCGAAGUCGAAUGAUUUAUCGCAAUUCGAAGGAAAAAUCGGUAGAUCGAACAAGGAAAUCCUUCGUAUCAAACGUUUCAAAGGAUUUAAAUCCAUCGAUCAAACGAUUUUCCUUCGAUCACAAAUUGCCUAGAAAGCCUAUGGGAAC